AGUACAUAUGUUACGUAUAUCUCUUACUCUCUUACACACAACAGCAGUUUGACAAUUACUAUUUCUAUCUGUCUCACAAUCAGUAUUGACACUGUAUGUGACUGUACCCUACUGUACUAACUAUUAACUAUUAACAACUAAUAUGACUGACUGAGUACAGUAAAGUGUAGUAGUCUUUGGACUUACUCGUCGUUAACCUAACCUAUUUUAUUGUAUUAUUACUUUAUAAAACUACUAACAUUAUAUUUAUAAUAUCAAUGAUAAAACAGCGUAAAAUAGAUAAUACAUUAUAUCGUGAUACGUGAUGGCUUCGUUAAUGCCGCAUUUUCGUGGAAAUAUUUGUCGCUUUAUUAAUGAUACAUUAUUAUUGCAAUACUUGGUAAUUUUAUUUGGAGUAUUUAAUUUAUCAUUGUGUCUUUAUGAGGAUCAAGUUGGAAAAUUUGAUUGGAGACAAAAUUACGUUGGAAAAAUCAAAUUUUCUAGUUUUGAUACUGUUUCGGCAGCGGCAAAAUUAAUUGUUGCCACUGAAGAAAAUGUUGUUGCUGCGUUGAAUUUAAAAUCAGGUCAAAUAUUAUGGAGAAGAGUUCUAGAACGCGGGUAUGCUGGUAAAAUUCAUGCAUUGGGUGGAAUAUCUGAUGGUGAUUUAAUAUCUGUUAGCGGCGGAGUGCCUGCUAUCGUACGUGUUUGGGACUUAGCUACCGGACAUAUACUCAACGAGUGGCCAUUAGCUGAACAAAAUCCUGAAAGAUUAGAAGAUGUCAAAUGGCACUUGAAAGAUGGCACAUUGCAUCACAUUUUACCAAUUUAUAGCAGUGGUAUCGAAGUUACUUCGUAUGACAGCAAGACUGGUGAAAAAUUAGACACACGAAAAGUUUCGGCUCCAUUUAUAACGCCUGAGACUGAAUGUGUUUUAGUAGCACCUUAUUUAGCUUGUCUCAAAGGCAAUUCCUUUGAUGAUUCACUAGCCAUACUAUUUCUAGUCCACUUAUUUGAUAAUAAUUCACAACCACAAACUAUAACAAUAAAUAAUAUAUUUGGUGCUGGUGCAAAAGGUCCGUUUCAUAUUGAAUCGAUACCUGGUGACGAGUCAGUGUUGACAAUAAUUGCUAAAGGUGAUAAUAGACAACGUAUAUUAAUACCAGGCAAUGUGGCAAAUACUAUUUCGAGAGAUAUUGAUGCUAAUGCAAAUCUUUACGUUACAACUAUUGACAGUGAAAAAGUUUUACUCGAGACAACGUAUAAAAAUGGGGUAACAGAAAUAAAAGCUAUCAAUUUAUUGACAUCAGAACCUUUACCCGAGUUUACUGUAUCUACAUCCCAUGGAUCUCUAUUCUCACCAACUAUAAAAGCGUCCGUUUGCCCGAAAUUAAGCAAAGGAAUAAUGUGUAGGCAUUUAUUGUCAUCGGAAGAUCACAGUGUUGCAUUAUUGCAACAUAAUAAAUUAAUAUGGUCACGUGAAGAAGCUCUAGCUAGUAUAAUUACUGUUGAAAUAGUCGAAUUACCAAUGUCUGAUCGUGACCAGACGCUUGAAACUGAGUUCGAUCAAAAAGACAGGGAUAUUAUUGGAAUGUUUUUACGAAGAUUGACAGCUCAAAUGAAUCAAGUAAGAUCAUUAUUCCAAACAACUUUUGACAUCAAUUUACCGCAGUCAAAUCAACGAGCUGAUCUUGUCAGAGAUAAAUUUGGAUUGCAUAAAAUGAUUGUUGUUGUAACAUCCGCCGGAAAGUUGUUUGGAAUUGAAUCAAAGAAAGGUGAAAUAAUAUGGCAAUCACGAGUCAAUAAUAUUGCUAGUCUUAAAAGUGAUUCAAAUACUAUGCUCCUACAUGUCCAGCGAGGCAGCCGGCAUUUCCCACACCCUCCACAAUGUGCAUUGUUAGCUUUAGAUAAGAAAUCGGGAGAAGGUGUAAUUUAUACAUUUAAUCCAAUAACUGGUCAUCCACUUGAUGGCUUAGUAAAAUUAGGAUAUAAAUUAAAACAGUCAAUGUUAUUGCAAAUAACAACUGACGAUUUUCUUCGUCCGAUAUUACUUCUCGAUACUCGUGAUAAAGUUCACGUUUAUCCAGAGAAUGCAACAGCUGUGGCAGCUUCUGUCAGUAAAAAUACUUACUUAUUUACGGGUGAUCAAGAGACUGGUGUAUUGUCAGGAUACUCUCUUGCAUACAGUACUUCAAAGGAAUUAAUUGCUCACAAGGUAUGGGAAUUAAUACUGUCACCGAAAAAUCAAAAAAUAACUCAUAUUGUGUCAAAAAAUUCUCUUGGGCACGUGCAUUCCCAAGGUCGUGUUUUAGGAGAUCGAUCAGUACUGUACAAGUAUAUUAAUCCAAAUUUAGUUGCUAUUUUAACUCAAGGUGUUGGUAAUACACACAAAAAUACACUUAAUUUAUAUCUACUGGAUGUUGUAUCGGGUGCAAUGAUAUUUUCAAUUGUACAUAAAAGAGUACGUGGACCAUUUCACAUUGUACAUUCUGAAAACUGGUUAAUUUAUAGUUAUUAUAAUGAUAAGAGUCGUAGAACUGAAAUCGCAACAUUGGAACUUUAUGAAGGUAAAGUUCAAAGCAAUACCACAGUGUUUUCUUCGUUGACUACAACGCGAUUACCUUUAGUCGAAAGACAAGCAUUUAUAUUCCCUGCAACUAUUGAAUCAAUGCAGGAAACAAUUACUGAGAAAGGAAUUACUAGUAAACAUAUAUUAGUAUCUCUUGCGAAUGGUGGAAUUUUGGAGUUACCGUGGAUGUUGGUUGAUCCAAGACGGCCUAUUAAUCCCGAAUUAAGGGAAGAAGGUGUAAUACCUUAUAUGCCAGAGAUACCCAUCCAAAUGGAUGCCAUUAUUAAUUAUAACCAAAGUGUAUUCAGGGUAUCAGGAAUUUAUACGAGCCCCAGUGGCCUUGAAAGUACUUGUCUAGUGUUUGCUCACGGUAUUGAUUUGUUUUAUACACGUGUGGCACCAUCAAAAACAUUUGACGUUUUGAAAGAAGACUUUGAUUACUAUCUCAUUAUCUUAGUCCUCGCGGGACUUUUAGUUGCAUCUUACAUAACUAAAAAAUUGGCAUCACAAAAAGCACAGAAACAAGCGUGGAAAUGAUGUCGUCACUUUCCCACCACUAAAAAUAUAAAAAUAACAAGAAAAAAAAAUUAUUUCAAUCACUAUUUCUUUUAUCAUUCGUCUUUAUUCACAAAUUAGAUAAUUCUUAUAAAUAUUUAAAUACAACGUCAUGAUGAUGAAUCAUGAUGAUAGUAAUUUAUAAAGUAGCCCCUUUUUGUAAAUGGCUCGUAUGUAAAGUAAGUUAUAAAAAAUACGUAAUGUAUGUUAGCAAAAAAAAAAAAAAACAAUGAUAAGAUUAUUAAAUAGGUAAAUAAAUUUGAUUUUUAUUCAAUUAAGAUUACUACCUUUAAAGCCUUAAACAAAAAU